AUGGAGCAGACAAUAUCAUGGGCCUCGGACCCUCGUUUCGCCCGUUAUUGGGAACACUACGCCGUCUGCAAUAAAUGGUUGAAAUUGCACGCGGUGAAUUCGCAAAAGGCAAUGUCCCUUGCGCCUCCAACGUCCCAAACGGAUAGUCCGAAGAAGCGAAAACCACGUCGGAGACGAUCAUCCAAGCUCAAAAAGGUGUUCAGAAACAUGUAGUUUCGUUUGGAAAUGGGAAUCUUGAAGAAUACCUUCCAAGGCGAAAAAGAAGCUGAGAAACGGAUAGAAGAAGCGGCGUCGGUGGUCGGCGAAACGUUGGGAAACGUGGCGAGAGCUGCGAUUACCUAUAUUGGGGCCGAUGUACGUUGAUUUUAAGGUUUUUCUGGGAAUAAUUGGUUUUUUAAACUUAGGAAAAGGUGGAAAAGGCUUCAUAGAAAUGUUCCUUUUUUGCUGCCUUUUUCGCCAUUUCAUCAACUGUUAUGCACCAUUUUUGCUGAGUCUUUAAAAUCCAAGAAAAAUAAAAGGACUCUUUUUGCGACCUUUUUUGAGCCUUUCUGAGGCCUUUUUUGAACCUCUUCUUUUUAGCGGUCAUUGCGACUUUGCCCGAGAAGGAAAAAAGGGACGGUCUUUGUAUUUUCGUGCCAAUACAUUUAAAUUUUGAAAAAUAAAUAACAGAUGCUCGAUUUUUGAUGUGGAUCAGUCUCAUGGUGGAGACUUUGAAAAAAACUUUGAAAAAAAUAUAAAAAAACAAUAGUUAUUUUCAUUAACAAGGAAUAAUAAAUAAAACCUUUAGAAUCUAAUUGAGCACUUCGUUCAAAAAAAAUACAGUGCGGGACAAAACUAUAAGACCCCCCUUGCUUUUUUUCCAAAUUUCAAUCUCAACCCGAUAGAAUGACGGUUUUGAUCAUCAACUAGUCAUUUUUUUAUCAAGUCCUUUUGAACGUUUUGAUCUGAUUUUUUUUGCUAUAAAAUCAUUCUCAAGUGUCUAGCCUUCAAAUCAUCUAAAAAAAUAGCCAGAAAGCCCAAGGUUUCCAAAUAAUCAAAAAUUCAAAUUUUCAUGGAAAUUUCGUAGAUUUCUCAAAUUGAAAAGAAGCUUAACCGUAGCUGAAGGUUGCUCAAAGUUGUUAUGAACAGAAAAAAAUUAUUCUGAUUUUGGAAGAGAUUCUGGGUUAAAGUUUGAUUUCAAUCAAAAAAGUAAGGGGGUCUUAUAGUUUGGUCCCUGUAUAAUGGUUCUUGUUCACUUCCUUCAAUUUCCUUCGUAUUUCAUAAAGCUAGCACAAGUUUCUCCUAGUAAAUUUUGACAAGGAAAAAAGCAAAAACAUUUUUCAGGUCGCCGACGUUGAGGAAGAAGUCCAGGAGGAAGUCGAGGAGAUGACCGAUGAAAUGAAGGCUUUUUUCGAAAAGACCAUGGCUCAUCGAUUGGAACGUUGGUUUUCUGUCACAAAAUCAAAAAGUUGAGAACAAAUUCCAGGAGAUCGAUUAUUAGAAGAGAAAAAACGGGAAAAGGAGCAGAAAAAGUGGCUGAGUGUGGAGGAAGACGACUACGUGAUGGCCGAUAAGAGUUGGUUUUCGAGGAAAAUUAUUUGAAUUAGUACUUGGAAUGGCGGAUAAUGGUCGCUGAAAGGCUCAAAAAAGGUUGCAGAAAGGGAGCAAAAAGGGCCCCUUUUUAUUUUGGAUGGAAAAGAGUCUUUAUUUUCCAAAAGUACAUGGUGCAUUUUGGUCAAAACUGUGAAAAUUCACGAUUUUACGUUAAGUUGAUCAUUGGGGUUCUGGAAAAUCGUUGAACGAUUUUCAAAAGUUCAAAAAUAACUCUUAAAAAGUGAUUUUUCUUGAAAGUGAAAAGUCAAAGGAAACUUCAUUCUAAUGAAAAAAAUUGGAGAGUUUUACGGAAAAUACAAGAAAAUUGGUCCGAAAUCUUCACAAUUUAGGAUUUUGCGUUAAUUGAUUUGUUAAGGUUUGUUGAAAAUUCCUGAAAGAAUUUGCGAAUUUUCCAGUUUUUCUUCAAAAAACUCAAACUCGGGAAGGGGGAUAAUGGCCGCUAAAAGGCUCAAAAAAGGCAGCAAAAAGAGUCUCUUUUUCAAACCUUCCAUUUUUUUUUUCUAGGAUUUUAAAUGCUCAAGAAAUGGUGGAAAAGCGAGAGGCAACAAAAAUGGUGCAUAACAGCUGAUGAAAUAGCCUAAAAAGGCAGUAAAACAGGAACAUUUAUAUCGCGCCUUUUUCCAGAUUUUCCAACUUUGCCUUUGGAGAAACUUACAAAUACGGUUAGAAACAGUGCUUCUCCUUACUUUGAACCAGUUUGAGAAUCAAGAAAUCCCUAAACCCUCGAUUUUAACACCUUUAAAUCUCUAAAAACACGUUUCAGUCAUUUUUAACAUAUCAUAUCAAGACUAGAAACCCGCCUAAAUACGUUUCAAACCGUAUAUUUUUCUUCAUUUCUCUCCUUUUAUUCAGUGCAUCUUCCAUUCAUUAGGUAAUACAUGCCUUACAUUGAAUUGAAUAAAAAAAUUGAAAAAAUCUAGCGAGGACUUUUUGGAAAAGGGGAGCAAAACGGGUACAUGAAAGCCGAUGAAAUGGCGCAAAAAGGCGCCUUUUCCACCCUUUCCGACUUUGUCUGUGUAAUUUAUUUUUAAUCAUGACUUUAAAAUGAUUUCAGUACGAAAUAGCUUAAUUUAUGACUGUUUUUUUCAAAAAUUCAAAGCACUUCUCUUUUUGAGGCAGAAAAAUUAUUGGAAUUUGCCUUACCAUUUUUCAGUUUAAAGUUCAUUUUUCGUGUUGUUGCUUUGAAUCAGAAUAAUUUGUUUAUCAGGAAUUUUUUAUGUCGGUGACUGGGAAAAAGCUUAAGUGGGCCCUAUAGGGAGAAAAAACCCUCCAUACGGAGGUAUACUAAAGGACCCCUUAAGUGGUCAUGUAGGACCAACUAUAGGGAGUUUUCAGGAAGUGGCUGGUAGGAAUUCGGCAAAAGAGGAUUUCGUUUCUUUAGGAUUUCUACACCUGAUGAAAGUUUACAUUUCACAAUUAGUCAUAUAGUCUGUUCAUAUUUUUAAUGUCAAGUGCAAUGACGUCAUUCAAAAACACUCUGUGAAUGGCUCGCUCUCUGAUUGGUUUAUCGCACCGUUAGGGGCGGAGCUUGAGCGACGACUUGACAUUCAAAAUCUGAACAGACUAUAGUUUUCCGACGAAAACACGUUAAGGCCUCUCGGAAAUUGGUAACGCGCAACAAAAAUUUUUUUUUUCUCGUACCGGUUGUUUUUGAGAAUUCCUGCGUGUUAAAUAAUUUUUUUUAAACAUUAAACAUUAUCUAUAUUCAAAGUUCAAAGUUGCACUGACAAGGGAAAAGUAAAAAAAUCACUUUUUGUUUUUUUGAAACUUAAAUUUUAUUAUCAGUUAACCAAUCCAGGAACAGUACUAAUUUAUUAUUCCAUAAGUUGAAACUAAAAUUCUGGAAUGGAAACAGUAAGUUGUGAUAAACCUAAAGUUGCAAAGCACCCAUUCGGACAUUGGUAACGCGAAACGGACGUGCUCCGGACGUUUCUAGGGAUCACUUACGAGUUCUGAGGAUACUAAAGUGGUCAUUAGAAAUGCCCCGACACGCCCGAUUCGCGUUACCAAGGUCCGAGUCUCUGAAAAUAGUGCUUUGCAUUUAUCACAACUUACUGUUUCCAGACAAGAAUUUUAGUUUUAACUUAGAUAAUAAUAAUUAGUAUUCUUCUUGGUUCGGAUACCUGAUAAUCUUAUUCAAGGGCAUUCUAUAAAGUACGGACGUUUACGAAAUGCGACCGCUUUAUUUGUGCUCCACUGCAAAUUAAUAAAAUAAGCGCGUUUUUUGAAUUUUCAUUAUUUUUGAAAUUAAACGAAACUCUAAUUUUUUUGAUAGCUUUCUGAUCCGUAUAAGGGUUUCUUUUUUUCGUAUUUUUGAUAGUACCUUUUAUAAACCACCUUUCAAGAUUUAUUUUGUCACCUAGCCAAUUUCUUCCAUGUUGUUUCCGGUUUGAUACAGAUUCAUGAACUGUAUGAAAUCGUUUUCAAAGGCUGAUGAGAAGCCUAAGUUGUUGGAGUAAUUGAAGAAAAAUUUUAUCAUAAUAAGCUCAUAAAAUUCGUCGUAGUCCUUUCUCGAAUAGUUUUCUUCAAAAGGAAAGAUAGGGAAAAAAAUACAAAAUUUGUGAAAAAGUGCCAGAAAAGGUAAAAGGAAUAAGAUUAAGAAACGCCCGUAUUUUAUUAAUUUGCAGUGUGGCACAAAAAGAAAUUGAUUUUGUAAACGCCCGUACUUUAUAGCAUGCCUUAUUAAAGUUUGAAAAACAAAAAGUGAUUUUUUUGUUCCACUGUUCGCUUGUCAGUUUAACUUUGAAUUUUGAAUAUUUUUAAUGAACACGCAGUUUCUGUAAUCCUCAGAAAAAAACCGUUACAAAAAAAAAACAUUUUUUGACUUUGAUGAAACUUCAUCCAGUGUGAUAACCUAUUAUUAGAAAUGCGGACCCAACUUUUCGAGCCAUUUCCUGUUACUGUAGCCGGGUUACGGUAGGCCGGUGGGCACCUGCGUAUCUAAUUACCGGGAUACGAUUCAACGAUUCUAGGGGAUAAAAAUGGAAAUUUUCCUCCUAUAGGGGUCUUCUAAGUUUCUCCCUUUAGGAGGUCCUAAUACUCUCCCAAUAGUGCCCACUAAAUCACGAACUCCCUUAAGGACCCCCUUCAGCGUUUCCCAGUGAAAAAAGACCAAAAAAUUAUUUUUUCCCUUAAGGGCUCACUUCAGCGUUUCCCAGUGCAAAAAGACCAAAAAAUUGUUUUUUCCAUGAAUUUAUACCAGCCUCUUUCUGAGAAACACUCGUUUGGUCCUUUAAAGGGUUCUAUAGGGAGCUUCAAAGGAGAUCCUUUACUAUAACCCUGUAGGGUUUUUUUUUUCCCAAUAGGACCCACUUUAGCUUUUCCCAUUUUCCAAUUGAUUCCUUUCCAGUCGGUGUGAGGGGAAUCGAACGUCGAACCCUCGAAUUUGUCGAUGAAAACGCGGCGAUGGAGGCUCGAAGAGCCGAGGCAAGAGAGCUCUACGGAGAAGCCGCGGAAAGGAUCCUCGCCAUGCAAACCGUCCUGGAUAUGCGCUUUGAACAGGUGAGAGAUUUGUGAAUUUCAGAAUUAUCAAGGUAGAAAAUACUGAAAAGACGUGGUUUUUGUCGAAAUUUAAGGAGCAUUUGUGUGAAGUUUGUUCACAGUUGUUCUUUCUUCUUUUUAAAGAAUCAAUAAGAAACGCCUGUCAAGGCUUCAAUCAAAGUUCCGUGAAAGUACGUGUUUCUUUUUAAGAUGAUUCGCGACUGAUUUUUCAAAAUGUGAAUCAAAACUGAGCAAAAGUUUGAUUAUCAACUGACUAGACAAAAAUAUUUACAUAUUUUGAAAAAAGAAAAAGGAUUUUUACGAGAGUUCAUCAAACUGACAACGAAAGUGAACGCUUUUUUUAUAAUUUUGUAAAUCCUUCAAUUUUUUUCUAAUCGUUAUACGGUACAGCUAUCGUUGAAAAAGUUUACUCAUGAUAAAAAUUAAAUUUUUUUAUGACUUUUCUUUUUCGAAAAAAACAAAGUAUAAAACUUCAUAAGAUCGAGAAAAAUGUACUUGAAUGAGCUGAUUCAGAAUGAAAAAGAUUUUUUUCUUGGAUAUGGCAUGAAUUUCAAGAAAUCUUGAUUGAAUCGUCAUUUUCCGCGUCAAUUUUCAAGUUUCUGAAGCUUUUUCUUUUGAUUCAAUACCUGAAAGUUCAAAAUAGAAUAGCUUGAAAAAUAAUGAUUUUUUUCGUUUCCAGGAGUACGAACGGUACCUACCUCCAAUGUGGCCGAAUAUCCCGUUGCGGCUUUGA